AACUUUUCAAAGAAGAAGAAGGAACACAACGUGCACCGCAAAGAUUUUAUUCAAAAACAUUUUAUUGUUAUUGAAGAACUUGCCUAAAUCAGAAAAGCUAAAGCAACAAAAUGAAACUGAGCACUUACAACUUUCUUACCUCGAUGGCCAUCAAAGGAGUGAAAGUAGGUUUCCCCCUAAAACUGACGAUAAACAAAAAGGAAGUGGUGGAGAGCGAGUUUAAUCCAACGUUUGUGGAGCGAAUUUUGCCAAAACUGGACUGGUCGGCGGUUUAUGGAGCUGCGCAAGUGGCGGAACUCACAGACGACAUACCCCCCACACAGCCAGAAAACAUUGGCGAUAAUGAGCUGCUCCUACAGAAACUCCACCAUCUGCUAUUCGAGAUUGACGUACUCGAGGGUCAACUGGAGUGCCCGGAAACAGGACGUGUUUUCCCCAUCACCGAUGGCAUACCCAACAUGCUCCUCAACGAGGACGAGGUCUAGGUCCGCCCAUUCAUGCUUUUCUGUACCAUAAUCCCUCUCCAGACGCGCAUUAUUAUUAAGUUAGCUUGUUAGUUUUAAUGUCUGUUUAUUUACCAGUUACUAAAAAAUAAUUGGAGCUUG